UCCUGGGUCUUUCGUACCCUUUUUGUUAUCUUUGAACGCAGAAUUUGAGAGGGAACACGAUGAUCAUAAACCAUUUGACGUACGACGACGUCCUCUUCCAAAAUUGCUGUCCUUACUGCCAAAGGUUUCCGUUCAAUGGAGGUUCAUUACCUUGAGCGUGAACGCUCUGUCUUCUUUUGUGAAACGUCCUUUACCCCGCAAUUACCAAAGCCAAUUAGAGCUGUUUUUCCAUGUCUUUGAUUUCAAGAAACUCCGGUACAAAAGGUAAGCAUACAGUUAAUACGGUAUACAGUCGAGUAUAAUGUAUGAGCUUUAACUUCUUGGGCACUUGUAGUAUCUCUGAACUAACACCGAAUGGUGAUAACAAAGAGCUCUUUGGUAAUAUUGUCAGAACGGAUGGGUUUUCAGUUGAUUUUCUUUUUUAUAAAAGACAACAAUCUGGCCAUGGUGCCUUGUUCCAAAAAUUUGACCUCACUCUUGAUGAUUUUUCUCUGGAUGAAGUUGACAAUACUUAUUUACCUAUUACCCUGGAUCCCGGAAGAAAGUCUGUUUUUACUGCUGCUAUUGGCCUUGAAUAUAACAGACAAGUGCGAAGAUGCACUACAUCUGAAUACUAUCAUAUGACAGGGUCGACCCAAUACAGUACCAAGUUAAACAGAAAGAAGGCCGUUACAGGCAUAGAUCUCAUAGAAAGUCAGAUACCCUCGCCAAAAACCUCUCGUUUGGAAAUAUAUGAGCUAUACACUGCUUAUACACUCAAUAACCUGGACGCUCUCUUGGCUUUUUAUGGAUCCGAAACUGCAAAGGACCGGUUUAUGUUGUACCAAGGUACACAAAGAGCACCGGAAACAAUGGCCAACAUGUUGACUCAUGGAACGGCCAAGUACAAUCACAAGAAGAGAAGCAAGGCAAGGAAGAGGAAAAGACAGCGGAAGAAGAAGAAGAAAGGAAAGAAUGCCAACCAACAGCAGCCAACAAAAAGUGCCAAGAAGUGGAAGGCUGAUAAGUAUUUGGAAUCCCCUAGAAGGGUGCCACUGAUUGUGUUUGGUGCUGGAAUGUUUGGCAAAGAUGUAGUCAAGCUGAAAGGGCAAAGAUGCGGUGUUGUUGGGUACCGGCGUUCUUCACUGCAAGCAAUGUCUAAAGCUAUGGCAGAGAGACAUUAACGCUGCUAUUAACAUGAUGACUAUAUCUCAAGCAGUUUGGUCCGGAGCUGGAAGACCCGAUGUUUUUAAGCCAGCGAAGAAGAAAAAAGUAUCGCCGUAAUAAACACGGUUUUCCUUCAUUUUGAGGAUUUAGAUCAUUACAGUUAAAAUACUGUAGAAUGCUUUUAUUACAUUUAGAAGGGUUUAG